UUUCCUCCCAGCCUUUCACCGUUUCGCGCUCUUUGGCGAGUCCCGCCUGUUCCCCCAGGCCGCACCACCCAGAGCCCUCCGUGCCCUCAAGCCCCGCCUCGUACGGAAGCCGAGGCGGAGGGUCAGAAUCCGGAAGGAAAACAAUCGGGGGAGAGUAAGGUAGCCGGGACCUGCUGCCGGAGGGAGGUGGAUCGGACCAGGAGCGGCCGGGGCGCGGCGUGGGGACGAUGGCCGCCGAGAGCCCACGGAAGACGACUGAACCGAGAAGCAAGACGCUCAGCCUUUCUUAAUGUCAGCAGCACGAGUGCUGCCAGCUGUGGGCAGCUGUGGGCCUGCAUGGAGGAGCCAAAACAGGGUGGAAAUUUUCUGCUUCAGGAACAAAGUGAAGAUGAAGGGCUUUUGUAGUUCAAUGCCCCUGUUCCCACUACCAGCAUACAUGUUGUGACAUGGAACGUGGCUUCUGCAGCACCUCCUCUGGACCUCAGUGAUCUUCUGCAGCUGAACAAAGACAACCUGAAUCUGGACAUGUAUGUCAUUGGUUUGCAGGAAAUGAACUGUGGGAUCAUGAGCCUCCUUUCUGACACUGCCUUUGAAGACCCAUGGAGCAGUUUCUUCAUGGAUGUGCUUUCCCCUCUGAGCUUCGUCAAGGUCUCCAGUGUCCGCAUGCAGGGGCUCCUCUUACUGUUCUUUGCCAAGCAUCAGCAUUUGCCCUUUGUCCAGAUCCUCUCUACUAAAUCCACCCCCACGGGCCUCUUCGGGUACUGGGGGAACAAAGGGGGCGUCAACAUCUGCCUGAAGCUCUAUGGCUACUACAUCAGCAUCGUCAACUGCCACCUGCCCCCUCACAUGGCCAACAAUGACCAGCGGCUGGAGCACUUUGAUCGGAUCCUGGAGAUGCAAAAUUUUGAGGGACAGGAUAUCCCCAACAUCCUGGACCAUGACCUCAUUCUGUGGUUUGGAGACAUGAACUUCCGGAUUGAUGACUUUGGGCUGCAUUUUGUCCGGGAAUCCAUAAAAAAUCGGCGUUACAGUGACCUGUGGGAGAAGGAUCAGCUCAGCAUCGCCAAGAGACAUGAUCCACUGCUCCGGGAGUUCCAGGAGGGCCCCCUGCUCUUCCCACCCACCUACAAGUUUGAUAAGAACUCCAACAACUAUGACACCAGUGAGAAAAAACGCAAGCCUGCUUGGACCGACCGUAUCCUGUGGAGGUUGAAGCGGCAGCCCCAGGCCAACCCCCAAACGCAGAGACCACCAGCCCCCCACUUCUUCCUGUCUCUAAGGAGCUAUGUCAGCCACAUGAUGUACUGUGUCAGUGACCAUAAGCCUGUGACCAGCACCUUUGACUUGGAGCUGAAGCCUUUGGUGUCUACCCCACCGAUCACCCUGAUGCCUGAGGGGCUGUGGACCAUGGAGAACAACAUGUUGAUCAGCUACUCCUUGACCCCAGACUUUCCCAGCAGCCCCUGGGACUGGAUUGGACUAUACAAGGUGGGGCUGCGCCACAUUAAUGACUACGUGUCCUAUGUCUGGGUCAGGGACAACCAGGUCUCCUUCAGCGAUGGGCUGAGCCAGGUUUACUUCAAUACCAGCGACAUCCCUGAGACCGAGGGCCAGUUUCUCCUCUGUUACUAUAGCAACAAUCUGCAUUCUGUGGUGGGAAUAAGUAAACCCUUCAAGAUCCAGCCUGGCUCCUUCUUGGCGGAGGACCCACUGGAUGAAUCCCAACCACACAUCUGAGCCUGGAUGAGAGUGGUUCCAGGGCGGAGGCCAGAGCUGGCAGCCAGCUCUGCCCACCACUGCCAGGAGCACCAGGGGCCAGGCCCAGCCCCCAGAGGAGGUAGCAGGUAUCCUCCACCUCCCAGGGGGAGCUGUAGCCACACUCCUUGGCUCUCUCCGGCCCAGAUCUCUAGAAUUGGCCCCCUAAAUACAGGUUUUUGUUGCUGAGAUAUGAGUGAAACCAACUAGUUUGUCAACACGGAAGACCUGGGACAGACUCCUGGAUGUGGGAAGGACCCUCCAGCCUAUAUCUCGUUUCUCGAUUUUCCCCACACACACUCCCAGUCCUGCCCAAGCAGGCCUGCCAGGCACAUGCCCCAUCUGGCACAGGCCUGCAUUCUUGUCACGCCAUCCUGGGCCUCAGGCUGCCUGGGAGGGGGAGAUGCUCACAUUUGCACAGGCACCAUAGACUGCUUGGCACAAGCAGCCUGGGUUCCGGGAGUCUUGGUAUCUUGUUGCCCAUCCCCCUGGGGGAUGGGCAGAGGGUGUGGGAUCCCUGCUUUUGGCAAAAGCAAUUAGACUAAGUGGGCAGGUUGAAGGGCCCCUCCACCCAGGCUCUUAGUAAGUGUUGUGGGCAGGAGCCUGACCCAUGGAGUCUGAUGCAGAAGUUCACUGUCUGAGCAAAGGAUUGGCCCCAGAUUGGCUUGUGCUGGUGGGUCAGGUUCCAUGCCCUAACCUGCCCUCCUGUGAAAGGGUUGGCAGGUGAUAGAGGAGCUGUGGCCACAGACUUUUCCAGGGGCUUUCUUGCCCAGUCGAGUUAUCUGCUCCUUCCCACCCUCACCUGCAGUGACUGGCCAGGAACCCACCCCUCUAGACUGCCCUAGCACCUGAAGCGGAGGCAGGCAGAGAAGGGCACCAGGAUCCAGUCAUUUUGGAGAAUCCGGCCUUGAGGGUCUUCUGAGAGCAUUCUCUGGGUGCUGUGUGGGCACUCAGUCCCACUCCCGCCACUUGCCUCCAGCCACUGGUGAUUCAACGGCCCUUCUCCCAGGAGAAGACACCUCAGGGAACCUGCUCUGUGACGGUCACAUCCAUCCUCUGACCUGAGACUGAGGGACACUCCAGUCACUCUGUGAUCCAUACUCCACCCUGGGAGCCGUGUGUACCAUCAAGAACUGUCCCCCGGGCUUCUAGUGGCCCAUGGCUGUGUUCUGUGUCUGUUGUAUUGGGGGAUCAUUAGAAACAUGGCUUUUACAACUUG